AUGAAGCUGCAGAACAACGUAUCCUACCAAAUGGCAGACAUACAUCGUUUAAAGGAACAAUUAGCAGAAUUACGUCAGGAAUUCAUUCGCCAGGAAGAUCAGCUUCACGAGUACAAGAAGAACAAUACUUACCUUACAAGGAGAUUGGAAUACGAUAGUCUGCAGUGUGGGCAGCAGAUCAAGGAAAUGAGACUGCAACAUGAAGAAAACAUAAAGAAAUUAAUGGACCAGGUUGUGCGGGAACAAAAGGCCACACAAAAAAUUCAGUCCAGUAAAGACACUGAAGUAAGUCCCAAUAAUGAUGACCAGGCAAUAUCUAAGACUGUUCCAGAGGCGGAAGAUAAAAGCACAGUAAAGAACGAGCAGCCUUCAGAUCAUGUUGUAAAUGGCAAAGAGAAAAUCAAACCAGGAGGAGAUGCAGGCAUGCCUGAAAUAGAAGAUAAUGACCCUGCUAAAGCUGAAGAUACUCCCACUGCUUUAAAGAAGCCACUUAUUUCGGCUCCUAAAAGUGAAGAUCAUCAGCCUGUUAUAAAUCUUCCCACUGAACAGCCCCAUGCUCCAAAUCUAGCACCAGGUUUGCGCAGUGACAAUGAUGGAAAUGCUGAUAUUGCGAAGCAGAUACCUCCAAAUUCUCUCCAGCACUUAAAUUUUGAAGAAAAUAUGGAAAAUCAGAAAGAACACAAAAUUGAGACAGACCAUAUAAAAAUUCCGAAGAGCAGAGUUAGUGACUUGCAGAAGAUGAAGCAAAGCCGAUUCUUUGAUGAGAAUGAAUCCCCUGUUGAUCCGCAGCAGGGUUCUAAACUGGCAGAUUAUAAUGGGGAUGAUGGUAACGUGGGUGAGUAUGAGGCAGACAAACAGGCUGAGCUGGCUUACAAUGAGGAAGAGGAUGGUGAUGGUGGAGAAGAAGACGUCCAAGAUGAUGAAGAAAGAGAUCUACAAAAUGACCUCGUCGAUUACGGCAAGCCACGCUUCAGUGACGGUGUUCUUUAAAGGCCUGGAUUAAGCAGGAAAUGUGGAUGAGAAGAGAUCUCAACUGAGGAACUCGAAGUGCUGCAAAACUGAACCAUUUUUACUUCAGUGUUUCUUACUUUAAAGGAAGCUGAUAAUCAAGUGUCAAGUAUACUCAAAGUCAGCGAAGUAACAGAAGGAAACAGUUCUGUACAUAUGUACAUAGUUGUACUAUUGCAAAUUGUAUUAAAACUACAUUUCUGUUGUUACAUUGAGCCAAUUACUUAGACUGUACCUUAUCUGUAAUAAUCUUUACAUUUAAAACCAAUAUUAUAAAUACGGGCUGAAUUGUUUCUGCAAUUUAGAAAACUUUGUAAACUGGAGAACUUGUACAGUUUGUAUCUCAUGUAACAAAUACACUGUGGAAAUGAUGUACAGCCAAAGGACUCCUUUUCUACAGUAACACCUGUAUGAGCAAAACUACUCCUGCUUUUCUCACGAGUGCUGUGUUUUUGUAUUUUGCAGGUGAGCUAUCAGUUGAGAAUGAAAACUGAAUGUUUAAAAAACUGCUCCUUCC